GAGGCCUCCUCUUCAAAGCGGAAAACCCACCAUGGACAUAUGUGACUGGAGAACUCGAUUGACACCUGAUUCACGUCAGAAGGUCGUUAAGAAGAUAGUUGGAACAUUGAAGAAGCACUUUCCAUAUUCUGGACCAGCUGAUCAGCUCAACAAAAUUGCUGCUAGAUUCGAGGAUAAAACUUUCAGUGGUGCUGUUAACCAGACUGAUUACGUUAGGAAACUAUCCAUGAAGAUGCUAACUCUGGAGACUAAAUCGCAAAAUGCAACUGGUUCUUCCUCAUCUAUCCCUGCCGUGGACACAGCUGCCUGGAGAACUCAUAUGCCUCCUGGUUCACGUAAGAAGAUCGUUAACAAGAUAUUGGAAAUACUAAAGAAGCAACCUCCAUUUUCUGGAUCAGAUGAGGGAAUUAACGAGCUCAGGAGGAUUGCAGCCAGAUUCGAGGACAAUAUUUUCAGAGGUGCUGUUAAUCAGACUGAUUACCUUCGGAAAAUAUCCGCCAAGAUUGUAACUAUGAAGAAUGAUUCGAAAAAUGCAGCUGUUUCUUCCUCAUCUUUCCUUUACCCUAAUUAUGGCACAUCCAUGGAUUCGGAUGCUGAGGAUAUGGAGAAUGGCAAUUCAGAGCCUUGUCUUGUGAAUGAAGAACUUGCCGUGAACACAAGUGACUGGAGAACUGAACUGCCACCGAAUUCACGCCAAAGAAAUGCCUACAAGAUGUUAAUGGAAACACUAGAGAUGCAUGUUCCAAAUCUUGGGCUACAAGGAAUUAACGAGCUCAUGAGAAUUGCUGUCAGCUUCGAGGAUUUAAUUUUCCAAACUGCUAUAAAUCAGAACAGAGAACCCAUCAUGGACACAGGUGACUGGAGAACUCAAUUUCCAUCUGAUUCACGCUCGAGAGUUGUCAAUAAAAUAAUGGAAACUCUGAUAAAGCAACUUCCAUUUAUUGGACCAGAGGGAAUUAACGAGCUCAGGAAAAUUGCUGUCAGAUUUGAGGACAAAAUUUUUAGCAAUGCUAUCAAUCAGACUGAGUACCUUCGUCAAAUAUCCUUCAAGAUGCUGAGUAUGGAGACUAAAUCACAAAAUGCAGCUAGUUCUUCCUCAUCUGUCUUUGCCGCUGAUGACAACAGCCCACCGUUGGUUCCAGAGCCUUCUCUUCCGAACAAUGAACCUGAUGUGAACUCAAGUGACUGGAGAACUCAACAGCCACCGGAUUCACGCCAGAAGAAUAUCUACGCGUUAUUGGAAACACUAAAGAAAAAUGUUCCAUACUCUGGGAAAGAAGGAAUUGACGAGCUCAUGAGAAUUGCUGUCAGCUUUGAGGAGUUGAUUUUCAACACUGCUAUAAGCCAGGAGGAUUACCUUGGCAAAAUAUCCUUAAAGAUGCGGACUAUGUAAGAGGGCAACUAAGUCAUUAAGUGGCGUUCUAAGCGAUCAAUUGCGUUUGAAACUUUCAGGGCAAUUCCAUAUUUGUAUAAAGAACUCACCUUGAA